GCCCGAUCACACCAUCUAUCAUCCAUCAUGGCGGAUUGGAGACUCCUGGACUACGCCAGGAAGGCUGAGGAGGCUGCGUCUGGGCUCUCCGUUUUCCUUAGCGAAAUCCCAGAGUACUCCAGAGAUAUCACAGGAGACAUCGCCGAGCUUUUUGCCAUCUCGAACGCUCUCCGCGUCCUGCACGAAGACCUCGAUCUGAGGGCAUAUGGCAGGAAUUCCGGUCGGAUCUUCAGAGAUCUUGAUAUAUGUCUAUCUAGCUUGGGUUUCACCCUGGAUGAUGUUACCAAAAUGUUUGGCGAGUCCAAACGGAAAGCACGUCAGCAUCCUGGCGCGUUUCCCGGCACGCCACCAUACGCACAACUAUGGGAGGACGCCUGUGACGACUUGAGUGAGCAAGGGCUCAGUCUGCCUGUGCGUCUUCAAAUGUAUCGUACAUAUCUGCAGGGCAUGUCCGAAGCGCUGAAGGGUGAUGCCGAUGACCACGAAAUCGAUGUCGUUCGGGGUCGCUUGGCCAAACUGGUCAAGAGGCAGGAGCCGGUAGUAGACUACUUUGCCAGGCCGCAGCCUAUAGACGUUCGUGCGUACGGUAAUGCACCUCGGACCCCUCAACCUUACCCUCCACCAUCGUCCUCUCGACCGCAGUUUGAUCGCUAUACGACAUAUCCAGGAUAUCAAGGCAAUCAUCCACCACCACCACCUCCGCGGUCACCGGGUUUCAGGCAUGUUCAUCCUCCUCCUCCUCCACCACCUCCGCCUGCUCCUAUCCCUGGGCCUGCCCCAGGCCAACGUUCAUCGUGGUAUGGAAUGGGCGAUAUACCCUUCGUUCCGCCAAUGGUCCCGGAAGUUCCCGAAUCGCCUACCAUUUCAACCGCUUCUUCGCACACUCAGUCCACGCAUUCUAGCGAUUCGGGAGGGCCGGUUCCCCAUUGGGCUAUGAGAAUUUUCGAUGGCAGGCAUUCAUCAAUCCCAUUCCAGACACUGGGACAGCCAACCAGGUGUUUGGGGAGAGACGAACCUUCAGCCAUCGAGUUCCUCGACACUGACGGAUUCAUAAAAGUGCUUGAGCUACCUUUUGAGGCGACGGCCGUUUGGGUCAGAUUGUACUGGAGGGCCGAGGACAAUCGAGCACGCAUACUAUUCCUUACGAUGGAUCAAAGUGGACGACGGAUGAGAUACUGUCUCCCGCUAACUGGCCUGAAGUUUGUCCGCACUGAAUCUUGCCUGCAGUUGUGCCGUGUCAACCGGCAGGACGGCCAACUUGACCUCUGGGCUAACCUCAGAUUCACCCUCUAUGAGCGGAUGGUGCUGCUUUAUUGCACAAUGGCGGCAAUGAAAUGCCAAGACAAAGUCCCGACUCCCCAUGGCUUGGAAGACUUCUUCCAGCCUGGGGAAAAAGAGGAGUUCGGAGGUGAGAUUCAAGAUAGCAGAUAUCUCCAUGCGUUCCGCAUAUUCCGUGACCGUGACUCUGGAUGCGUACGCUUCGAGGCUACUCCUCGACGCGGGCCUUUGAAGACGAUUCCAAUCUGGACAGCCUUUGUUACGCAAUACAUUGGUCAUAGGAAAUGGAUGAAGCGUGUAGGACAGUGCACUGUUCAAUUCCGCGAGUUUCACCCAUACGUGUUCUGCGACGGCUACAAAUUGUCGAAAGGUUCAUCUGGGAAGUAUCAAAUCACUUUUACCACACCACAGGAUUGCAAGCUUUUUAUGGAAAUUUUCCACAGUAUCCGAGUGAACACAUCAGUAUAA